GAAGAAUUUAUGGUUUUCAUCUAUAAUUUUCUGAUAUAUAUCUUAUUUAUACUACCAUUUUUACCGAUAUCUAGUAAUAUUAAUAGCUGCAAUUAUAAUAAUUAUCUAUGCUGUAGAAUAAAUAAAACAAAAAAUUUCUUAGAUAAACUCAUUGUAAUAUAAAUCUAGCUUAAAAUUCAGAAAAUCUGUGCAAUUAAAUAAAAUUAUUCAGAUGUCGGUAAAAAUGGUAACAUAAGCAAGAUAUAUAUGAUGUCAUUAUGAAGGAUUUAAGAAACUCUUCUCAUUGGAUGAACUAAAAUGUAAAAAUAUCUUACGAAUUUUUAAACGAGAGAAAUAAAGUUAGCCAUAUAUUAUAAGGCAGAGUAACAAGACAUGGCAAGUGACGCAAUAAUCUCGUUACCUGGAGAGAUAAUCGUGUAUAUUUUGGAAGAUAAAUUACUUGAUUUUUCGGAUGUCAUUAAUUUUAGUUCAACGUGUAAAAGUUUGUACAAAAUUGUCAACGAAAAUAAUAAACUUUGGAAAACUAAAUUUUUUCAAAGAUGGCCACUUUUAAAAGAAGUAUAUCAAACAAAUAAAGAACUAGAGCAUCAGAUGAUAAACUGGAAAGAAGAAGUAAAAAUUAGUUUGAAUAGUAGAACCAAAUUACUUUGUCUUUUAUCUUCUAUGUCUAAUAAACACCAUAAAAAACAAGAAUUAUCUAAUUCUGAAUUUAAAGAAUUUGAUUCAUUAUUUUGUCCAAAAGAAGGUGCUCAUUCUUUAGCUUAUUAUUUUUUAAUAGAUGAACUUAUAACAUUGAUUAAAUGUCCUGCUAUAGUAAGCAAUUUAACACAUAGAUAUUAUGCUCUCAAAGUUGUUCGAUAUUUGAAACAAACUCAUUUGAAAAGUGAAUGGCAAAAGUUUAUAUCUUUACCAUCAAAACAACAAACUUUAGAACGUGGUGCAACUAUUGUAGCACAAUGGAGUCAACCAGAAAGACAUGUAUCAUAUCCGACAAUAUCAUCAAUAUUAGAUAACAUUGCAGAACAAACAAAAGAGUUACUCAGAGAACAACAUCCAAAUCAUUCUAUAUUUUCAAUUUCCACAGAGAGAUUUAUCUUUUGGAAAAAUAAUAUUAUUGAUGACAAUCAAUGGAAUAUUUCAGAAACAAGACAAGUAACAGAUGCAUUAUGUAAAGUAUUAUUUGAAAAAUUAGGAUUUUAUGGAAAUAGUGAAAUGUAUUAUUCAUCAGAAAAUUCGUUCAUAGAUCGCGUUUUAGAACGUAGACGCGGAAUUCCUAUAACUUUAGCAAUAGUAUUUGAAAGUAUUGCUCGAAGACUUGGUAUACGCUGUGAGCCUGUUAGUUUUCCAUCUCAUUUUUUAUUACGAUGGAAAGAAACAUAUGCACCAGAAUUUAAGGACACUGAAAAUUAUUAUAUUGAUGUCUUCAAUGGUGGUCAAUUUCUAACUAAAAAAAAUUGUCCUAGAAUUGGAGGUGUUUCAAGAUGUCCAAUAGAAAAAUAUAAUGUUCAUGAAGAAGCAACUGCUGUAGAGGUAGUGACAAGAAUGGCAAAUAAUUUAGAAAUAGCUGCUAGACAACAUACUCAUAUAAAUGGUACUCAUAGAACUGCAAGAUUACGUUCUGCACUUGAACUUCGAUAUAUGAUACAACCCAAUGAUACAAACACAGUUUUACAAUUAGGACGAAUAUAUAUGUCACAACAUAUGGAUUUGACUGAAUUGGUAAAAAUAUUAGAAAAUAUGCAAAAGGAUUUGGAGUUAAUGUCAAGAGGACAAGCAAAUAUGAUUUCACAGACUUUUAAAACACUCCAAAAAUGUCAAAAAAGAUUACAACCUAAGGAAGAAAUAAAACCAAAGAAAAGAAUUCCAAGUGUAAAAUAUGCAAUAGGAUUGAUAAUGAAACAUAAAAUAUAUGGAUAUUUAUGUGUAAUAACAGGAUGGGAUGUCCGUUGUAUGGCAUCUACAGAAUGGAUGAAUGAAAUGAACGUAGAUGGAUUAGAAGAAGGUGCAGAUCAACCAUUUUAUAAAAUAUUUGUAGAUGAUGGUUCAUGUCAAUAUGCAGCUCAAGAAAAUUUAUUACUGGCUCCUAAUCCAGAAUGGAUAAAUCAUCAUGCAAUUGGCAGAUAUUUUUAUAAGUUCAGUGGUGCACAUUACAUACCAAAUGAAGAAAAAGCAAGAGAAUAUCCGGAAGAUGAAAAAGUUUGCAAUGAAUUAAUUGUUGAAUAUAUGCAAAAUGGAAUAACAUAUAAUACUACUUAACAAUUUAUAUUCCUUAAUUGGAAUACAAGAUAAUAGUAUGAUAAAA